UAUUAACUGUUCUGUACAGAUAAUGAUCAGACUCACGUUACAAAUGCUGGUUAACAAACAAUACAUUUAGUUUAGAUUGUUUCACAAAAGUAGUGCGCUAGUCUUUUACUAGUCCGGUAUUAGCAGACCAAUAUUGACUUCAUCCGCAUAGGCAAAUGGCUACUGCAAGAAAACGUACGCUAUCUGGAUUUGAAGAUGUGAUAGAUGGAAAAACAACGAUUUUCAAAGACAGCGGCAAGAAGAUACACGUUGCAGCCCUGAUCCUAGCUAGGGGAGGCAGUAAGGGGAUCCCCCUGAAGAAUAUAAAAGUUCUGGCCGGCGUCCCGCUCAUCGGAUGGGUUCUGAGAGCUGCCGUGGAUUCCAAACAGUUUGACAGUGUGUGGGUAUCAACUGAUCAUGAUAACAUUGAGAAGGUGGCCAAGGCAUGGGGAGCUCAGGUUCACCGCAGGAGCCCAGAGGUGUCCAAAGACUCCUCCAGCUCUCUCGACACUAUCCAGGAAUUUGCCCGAUUAAACCCAGAGGUGAAUGUGAUCUGUCACAUCCAGGCUACGUCUCCCUGCUUGCACCCCUUCCACCUGAAGGAGGCCCUGGAGUUGAUCACCAAUCAGGGCUUCACGUCUGUCUUCUCCGUGGCCCGGCAACACCACUUCCGCUGGCAGGAGGUCAAGAAAGAAGGUAGUGUAGCCACUAAGCCACUGAACCUUGACCCGUCUAACAGGCCCCGGAGACAGGACUGGGAUGGAGAGCUGUGUGAGAACGGAUCUUUCUACAUUCAUACCAGAGCGACAAUAGAGAAAGGCCUGCAGGGGGGAAAGUGGGCUUACUAUGAGAUGCUGCCAGAGUACAGUGUGGAUAUUGAUGUGGAUAUCGAUUGGCCCGUGGCAGAACAGAGAGUACUGAGGUUUGGUUACUUUGGCCUGGACAAGCCUGAGGUGGUGCGUCUGCUGCUGUGUAACGUCUCGGGCUGUCUGACUGACGGCAACGUCCUCAUCUCUGUCUCUGGAGAGGAGAUGGUCUCUGUCAACAGCAGAGAUACCACGGGUAUCCGCAUGCUGCAGGGAGAGGGCGUGGAGGUGAUCCUGAUCUCGUCCAGUGAGGACCUGACCAAGGCCUUGGCUGACAAGCUGUCCCAGAGAACGGGCUGCGAGGUCAGACAGCUGGGCAAGGACAUCCAGGGUGAGGUCAAAGCCAUGAUGGACGACAGGGAUCUGGGCUGGAAGGAAGUCGCCUAUAUGGGUAACGAUGCACCAGAUGUUGACUGUCUGAACCUGGCUGGGCUGAGUGCAGUACCCCAGGAUGCCCCAGUGGUGGCAAUCAAUGCUGCUAAAUACUCCUGCCACAAUGUUGCAGGCCUCGGGGCUGUGAGGGAGUUUUCGGAACUCAUCCUGCUGCUCAAGAAGAAGGCCAAGUCUUAGAUGGAACAGGACCACAUCCACAGAGAUACAUUCUAAACUCUAGAAUGUGUUCUAAAGUCACAGAGAUACAUUCUAAACUCUAGAAUGUGUUCUAAAGUCACAGAGAUACAUUCUAAACUCCAGAAUGGGUUCUAAAGUCACAGAGAUACAUUCUAAACUCACAGAGAUACAUUCUAAACUCCAGAAUGUGCUCAAACUCUAAUCUGGCUCAGAUAUGUUCUAAACAAAGAGUUGCAUUCUUGAAGCCUGAGUGCCAGUCUGUUUUUACUCGCUUGCCAGAUCCUUGUCAUUCCAAACAUAUUUGGCAUUACAAUUCCAAAAAGAGUUAACUAGAGAGCAGAAACAGACGGGUACUCAGGCUAUUUUAUUGAGGACUAUCAGACAAACCUUGAACUCGUGCCUGUGCUAAAGAUUAGGCUAAAUGACCUUGAAGCUUAUUGACAAUCCUCAAUACUUUCUCUGGAGUAUUUACUCACUUUCAUUAACUUAGCUCAGGCUGAGGUGUUUUUUACAGGUUGUCAGAUCGAGGUAGUUUUAGUUUUACAGGUAGUGUUGACAAAUACAGUCAGUGUGUGUAUAGAUAUAUAUUAGUAUAUACACUGCAUGCACAAUUUAGGCAAGUGAGUAUUCUGAUAUUAUUAUUUCAAUGCACAUUUUCCAACUCCAAACCAUAUAAACUUGAAUGCUUAUUGGAUUUAAUCAUAUUUGUGUAAUGAGGGAGGAUGUGGCGAAAGUGAAUAACACCUUAUAAACUCAGCAACAAAAAAAAGGAACGUCCUCACUGUCAACUGCGUUUAUUUUCAGCAAACUUAACAUGUGGAAAUAUUUGUAUGAACAUAACAAGAUUCAACAACUGAGACAAACUGAACAUGUUCCACAGACAUGACUAACAGAAAUGGAAUAAUGUGUCCCUGAAUAAAGUGUGUGUGUGGGGUCAAAAUCAAAAGUAAUAGUCAGUAUCUGGUGUGGCCACCAGCUGCAUUAAGUACUGCAGUGCAUCACCUCCUCAUGGACUGCACCAGAUUUGCCAGUUCUUGCUGUGAGAUGUUACCCAACUCUUCCACGAAGGCACCUGCAAGUUCAGUCUGAGCACUGAUGGAGGGAUUGUGGGUUCCUGGGGUAACUCAGGCAGUUGUUGUUGCCAUCCUGUACCUGUCCCGCAGGUGUGAUGCUCGGAUGAACCGAUCCUGUGCAGGUGUUGUUACACAUGGUCUGCCACUGCGAGGACGAUCAGCUGUCUUCCUGUCUCCCUGUAACGCUGUCACAGUACGGACAUUGCAAUUUAUUGCCCUGGCCACAUCUGCAGUCCCGUGCCUCCUUGCAGAAUGCCUAAGGCACCCUUUACAAUGUUUAAACCCUUGCAAUGAAGAUAUGUGAAGUUAUUUUGAUUGUUACGAAUUAUGUUUGAAAGACAGGGUCCUGAAAAAAGGGACAUUGAUUUUUUUGCUGAGUUUAUCAAAAGUGUGCAUAAUUAUUAGGCAGCUUCUUUACCUCAGGUAAAAUGGGCCAAAAAAGAGAUGUAACUGACACUGAAAAGUCCAAAAUUGUAAAAUGCCAUUCAGACGGAUGCAACAUUCUUGAAAUAGCUUAACUAUUGAGGCAUGACCACCGGACAAUCAAACGGUUUGUUUGCGAAUAGUCAACUGGGGCGCAAAAAAACGCAUGGAGGAGAAAAGGUGCAAAUUAACUGCAAAAGACUUGAGAAGAAUUAAACAUCAAGCUACCAGGAACCCACUCUCCUCCAGUGCCACCAUAUUCCAGAACUGAGAAGAAUUAAACAUCAAGCUACCAGGAACCCACUCUCCUCCAGUGCCACCAUAUUCCAGAAAUGAGAAGAAUUAAACGUCAAGCUAAUAGGAACCCACUCUCCUCCAGUGCCACCAUAUUCCAGAACUGAGAAGAAUUAAACAUCAAGCUACCAGGAACCCACUCUCCUCCAGUGCCACCAUAUUCCAGAAAUGAGAAGAAUUAAACGUCAAGCUAAUAGGAACCCACUCUCCUCCAGUGCCACCAUAUUCCAGAAAUGAGAAGAAUUAAACGUCAAGCUACCAGGAACCCACUCUCCUCCAGUGCCACCAUAUUCCAGAACUGAGAAGAAUUAAACAUCAAGCUACCAGGAACCCACUCUCCUCCAGUGCCACCAUAUUCCAGAACUGAGAAGAAUUAAACAUCAAGCUACCAGGAACCCACUCUCCUCCAGUGCCACCAUAUUCCAGAAAUGAGAAGAAUUAAACGUCAAGCUAAUAGGAACCCACUCUCCUCCAGUGCCACCAUAUUCCAGAACUGAGAAGAAUUAAACAUCAAGCUACCAGGAACCCACUCUCCUCCAGUGCCACCAUAUUCCAGAAAUGAGAAGAAUUAAACGUCAAGCUAAUAGGAACCCACUCUCCUCCAGUGCCACCAUAUUCCAGAACUGAGAAGAAUUAAACAUCAAGCUAAUAGGAACCCAUUAUCCUCCAGUGGCACCAUAUUCCAGAACUGCAACCUACCUGGAGUGUCCAAAAGUACAAGGUGUCAAGUGCUCAGAGACAUGGCCAAGGUCAAGUAGGCUGAAACACGACCACCACUGAAUAUGAUUCACAAGUUGAAGCAUCAAGAUUGGGCAAAGGUAUACCUGAAGACAGGUUUUAGGGUCAGAUUACAUGAGAGUGAAUGUUGAUGGACCAGGUGGAUGGGCACGUGGCUGGACCAGUAAUGGACACAGGGCACCACUUCGAGUCAGGCACCAGCAAGGUGGAGGAGGGGUACUGGUAUGGGCUGCCAUCAUUAAGGAUGAGGUAGUUGGACCUUUUUGGGUUGAAGAUGGACUGAAACUCAACUCCAAAACCUGCUGCCGGUUUCUGGAAGAUUCUUUCUUCAAUCAGUGGUACAGGAAGAAGUCCUCAGCAUUCAAGAAGGCCAUGAUCUUCAUGCAGGACAAUGCUCCUUCACAUGCAUCCAAGUACUCCACUGCUUGGCUAGCCAGCAAGGGCCUCAAAGAUGCCCGAAUAAUGACCUGGCCCCCUUCCUCACCUGACCUCUUGAUACUCCCCAUCCCGGAUCCGGGAUCGUGAAUAAAGCCUCAGGCUCAUUAGCAUAACGCAACGUUAACGAUUUCUGAAAAUCGCAAAUAAAAUGAAAAUAAUGUGCCUGCUCUCAAGCUUAGCCUUUUCUUAACAAUACUGUCAUCUCAGAUUUUCAAAAUAUGCUUUUGAACCAUAG